AUGGCUUCCGCCAAUUGCAGCGUCGCCGCCUCUUCCCUGCACCUCUCCUGCUCCACUCGUCAAUCCGCGUUCGCGUCUCUCGCGUCCCCCGCGCCCUCCGCGCAUCCCGCGGCCCUCGCCGCCCUCUCCUCCCUCGCCGCGUCUCGCCGAACCGCUUCUCUGCCCGUCCCUGCUCUCGCGGCACCGCGACAACACCGUCCUUCGCGAGCCCGUUGGGCUGUACGCGUCAUGGCGAGUCAAAGCGAAAAGCGCGCGCUCAUUUCUGUCUCCGAUAAGACGGGACUCGAUACGCUCGCCAAGGGGCUGCUGGAUCUCGGCUUCACGCUGGUGUCGACGGGCGGCACGGCGAAAGCCAUUGAGGAGGCGGGGCUGCCCGUGACUACGGUGGAUCAGAUCACCAACUUUCCUGAAAUGCUGGACGGGCGAGUAAAGACGCUGCACCCGGCGGUGCACGGGGGCAUUCUGGCUCGGCGCGGCCUGCCCGCGCACAUGGACGCACUUGCUGCCCACAACAUCGGUCCCAUCGACGUGGUGGCGGUGAAUCUAUACCCGUUUGUGGCGACGGUGACAGCGCAGGGCGGGGCGUCACUGGAGAAGGGCAUUGAGAACAUCGACAUCGGUGGCCCCACCAUGAUCCGCGCCGCUGCUAAGAACCACGAGAACGUGUGGGUGGUGGUGGACCCGGCAGACUACCCCUCGCUGCUGGCCGCGCUCAAGGGGGGGAAGGCCGAGGGCGAGGGCGAGGGCGAGGAGGCGUUGAGGAGGCGCCUGGCAUGGAAGGCGUUUCAACACACCGCGUCGUACGAUGCUGCCGUGUCCGAGUGGCUGUGGCCGCACGCCCAGCCAAAGACAGAUGAGUUCGCCCCGCCACCGGCCCUGGCGGUGCCACUCUCCCUGUCCGCCGUGCUGCGCUAUGGCGAGAACCCCCACCAGCGCGCCGCCUUCUAUGCCGAUGACUCUCUGGGGGAGCGCGGCAAGGGCGGCAUUGGCACCGCCGUGCAGCACCACGGCAAGGAGAUGUCAUACAACAACUACCUGGACGCGGACGCGGCGUGGCAGUGCGUGUGGGAGAUGCCCACAGCAGCCUGCGUGGUCGUCAAACACACCAACCCCUGCGGUGCCGCCACCGUCACCCUCCCCGCCUCCGCCUCCCCUGAAGAGCAAGAAGCAGCCCUCCUCGAGGCCUACCGUGCCGCCGUGCGCGCCGACCCCGUGAGCGCCUUUGGCGGCAUCGUGGCGUUCAACCGCCCGGUAACCGCUGCACUCGCUCGCGAGCUGAGGGAGUUUCGAUCCCCCACGGACGGCGAGACGCGCAUGUUCUACGAGAUCGUGGCGGCGCCGGGGUACACAGAGGAGGGCCUGGCGGUGCUGAAGGGGAAGAGCAAGGCGCUGCGCAUCCUGCAGGCGCAGGCGAGCAGCACGGGCAGGCGGUCGCUGCGGCAGGUGGGCGGCGGGUGGCUGCUGCAGGACUCAGAUGACGUGGAUGCCGCUGAUCUCACGCUCACGGUGGUGACCAAGAAGCAGCCCAGUGAGGCUGACCUGGAGAAUGCACGGUUUGCGUGGCGGGUGGUGAAGCACGUCAAGAGCAACGCCAUCACCAUCGCCAAGGACGGGCGGCUGCUGGGCAUGGGGAGUGGGCAGCCCAACAGGGUGAAGAGUGGGCAGAUCGCGUUGGAGAAGGCAGGCGACGAGGCCAAGGGCGCUGCUGUCGCCAGCGAUGCCUUCUUCCCCUUCGCGUGGGGAGAUGCAGUGGAGGCGGCGUGUGAGGCAGGUGUGUCGGUGAUAAUCCAGCCGGGCGGCAGUGUGAGGGAUCAGGAUGCCAUCGACUGCUGUGACAAGUACGGUGUGGCCAUGGUCUUCACCAACGUGCGCCACUUCCGCCACUAG